AUGGAUACGAUCUCGCGCAAUCUAGUCCGCGAAUACAGGACCAACAUCACUGCUAUGGUAGCAGCAGUAACUGAGGAGGAGAAGAAUCACAGCAUCAUGAAUCUGGCGGGCUACAUCAACAUUCUUACUUCUUUGGGCAGAUGGGACGCAGACCUAUCCAACGCAUGUCUAGAACUCGCACGACUUUACUUCGGAAAGGAAGACUACGCGCAGGCAAAGCAAACUGCCCACGCAGGGCUAAUCGUCGAGAAGAACUUCUUUAUUGCUACGCCUAGCAAACCGCAGCUAAACGAGAUAAUAGGACAGUGUCACGAGGAGGACGAAAGGCUGCUUGAGGAGUACAACAAGGCGGCCAUGGGUCCUUUUUCGAUCCUACCUAUGUAG